AUGUGGAAACGAUUACAGGGUCACGUCCGCGAGAAAGAGAAGCAUGUGCACAUAGGCAACCCGGUCCUGGUCGAAACUACCUAUGACCAGGAUCAACUCGACCGUACUCCUAAUGUCACCGAUGUACAGAUUGCCGCUCAUCAAAACUAUGUACUUCCCCCGCUAGACUCGCUCUCACUAUCCCCAAAGCCUCGAACCCCUAGAGCGUCAGAGGUACCGACUCUAGCUUCGACUAAGCGAGUCUCAGCAGCCCCAACAGACUCUUCGGUCUACUCACGGGCCUCGAUCGAGUACUACUACUACAGCAACCCCACUGCUACGCUACGCUCGGGGUACGACCAUCUAUCACCACCAAGCUCUCCAGAACCCGAAACGUUUACUUCGCCGUUUGAUGCCCAUCCAAGGUCUCGAUCUACACGCGACACGUCUAUACGCGACGUAUCCCCAAUGGACGACAACCGAAAGAAGAUGCACGGCGAGUCUCGUGACCUUGGCGCCGUGCCUGUCCUACGUAGAGCACCGUCGGUGGUUCGAAGUGGCGAUGUGCCGCCUGCUCCCAAGCAAAAGUUCUGGGAAGGCAAGCUUGCACCAAACAGCAAGGUGAAAUGGGACGACUAUUCGGGUGAGCCCAACGUCGCUGGCAAGGCCGCGUCAGUGGACCCGGGCACGUUUGGGAGAGGCAUUCCCUCUGCUAGUAUCCAGCCCAUGGGCUAUCACGUCUCGGUAACAGCAAACAACCACCCCGAAAAGAAAAGUCUUAGCUUUGGAGAGCGCCUCACCCGCUUCGGCUCCAAGCGUACGCUACCAGCCCCCACAGCUGUCAAGACUCCAUCCGGAGAAAAGACCUUGCAAUUACCACGAAGGAUAAUAACGCCAAGCGUCGACUCGGAAAGAUUAAACACGCUUGCGGCCGCCGUGGAUCACGCAUCCAUGCUGCGUGAGACUCAUCCUGUUGCAGCCGAAACACCGGGUCUCUACAUGCAUGAAGACACCAUCAAGUCUGUCGUCCCGCUAAAAGUAGGCAAGAAGUCGCCCCCCGGAAGCGGAUUGACCUCUCCCAUUUCACCUAUAGGCCAGGGCCUCGGAAUCAGUUCAUUCGCCUACCCAAGCACCAUCUCACUCCUUGACCACAAACAACAGUCUCCAACCCUCGUAGUCAAUUCUGCCCCGCCUGUGUUGCCUGUCCGCCGAACUCCGACCCCGCCCCAAUCGACCAAGCGGCCUAUUGCAAGCGACUUCUCGUGGACCUCGUACAGCUCGUACAACGCCUUGUCGACUGAGCAGCACUCGCCGCCCCCGUCACCCCCACUGCUAACCUCGCCCUCGGUGCUCACUCGCCGCCGCCCUGUGCCACACGCCGACCGCAUUCCCGACUCGCGACCCGCUAUAUCAAACAUGCUGUCUCCCUCAGUCGCAUCCACCUUCUCCACCUCGAGCGGCAGCUCCAACACAACCAAAGCCCUGCCACACCCGCCCACUGCUCUCUGCGCUCUCGACCACAUUGCCCUGCUUGAAUCGCAGCAAGAAGACCUCCGCAUCCGCCGCAACAACGUCUACCGCCUCCUCAGCGACCUCAACAAAUCCGUCCCCUCCAAUCCCCUGCUAACCGACUUCAAAAAGGCAAAGGCCGUCGAGCACAAGAAGAAGGCAUUCGAGGUGGAGCUCGACGAGAUUCGACGCGAGGAAUACGACGUAGGCCUCAAGUUGCAUCGCGCGUGGAAGAAGAGGGAAAAGGAUGACCCCAAUGCUGCAGGCAGUGCUUUGUGGGUUCGCAGAGUGACGAGUUGA